UGCCCUCGACAGCUCCAACAAAAUAUUAGUGGUUCGGACGAUAUUUAGUGAUGGACACUUUUCCAUUACAGGAUAUUGCAGCAUGAAGAAGGAGCAAGUUGUCAACUGUCAGUUUUCGGUUUGGUAUCCGAUAUUCAAGAAAUAUACGAUUAAAAGUCUGAUUCUCCCACUGCCUCAGAAUGUAAUAGACUAUUUACUGGACGAUGGGACACUGGUAGUCUCUGGGAGUGACCAUAACACACAGCAGACACACACUAACAACAGCGACUCAGAUGCAGAGGAAGACAUUCAGUGGUCAGAUGAUGAGACAACCAGCACUGUCACAGCUCCUGAGUUCCCAGAAUUCACCUCUAAAGUACUUGAGGCCAUAAAUGCCCUGGGUGGACGUGUCUUUCCCAAACUCAAUUGGAGUGCUCCUCGGGAUGCUAACUGGAUUGCUCUGAACAGUUCCCUGCAGUGUCACAGUCUCAGUGAUAUAUUUCUGCUCUUCAAAAGUUCAGACUUCAUCACCCACGACCUGACGCAGCCAUUCCUUCAUUGUAGUGACCAGGAUUCCCCAGAUCCAGUCUUCAACUAUGAGCUGGUCCUGAGAAAGUGGAGCGAGUUGAUUCCUGGCGGAGAGUUCCGCUGCUUUGUCAAAGAAAACAAACUGAUUGCUAUAUCCCAGAGAGACUACACUCAGUAUUACCAUCACAUCUUGAAGCAGGAGGAGCAGAUCUGUCAGGCCAUACAGGAAUUCUUCAGCCAGCACAUCCAGUACAAAUUUCUGGAUGAAGACUUUGUGUUUGAUGUCUACAGAGAUAGCCAAGGCAGAGUGUGGCUGAUCGACUUGAACCCAUUCGGAGAGGUGACAGACUCACUGCUGUUCAGCUGGGAGGAGCUGACGUCUGGUGGAGAAAUCGCCCACCAACAGGUCAGAGGCCCGGCGUUCCGCUACACAAACAGCGAGGUGACGGUGCAGCCCAGUCCCUGUCUGAGCUACAGGAUCCCACGGGACUUUGUGGACCUCUCCACCGGAGAAGACGCCUACAAACUCAUUGACUUCCUCAAACUGACGAAAAGUCAGCAGGAAGAAUCUGAGGAGGAGGAGGAAGAGGAGGAGAACGCUCCACAGUGACACAGUUCCCCUGAAACCUGAAGAAUAGCUGCUAGUGUCAACAGUCCUCCACAUAAUGUUGUCUGCAUGAAGUGACUCUUUACCCUCUGUCCUGUUUGAGCUUAUCUUUUAUUUCAGCCUGUUUUCUCUCACGCUCUCUCCUGGUAACAGUACAUGGUGUACCCGAGGUUUCUUAAGUAGCUCUCUUGCGUUAGUUUAAUGGAACAUGUUAAAUUAACAGAUCAUGUUAACGGCUCUUUGAGGAUUCAUUUUCUUGUUCCCUGCCUCUGACUCUGCUGAGAGCUGUCUUGCCAGUCGUAAUGGCUCUGUGAGACG